AGUCUGAAUAUGGCCUCCACUCUACAGGGCGCGCAGCAUGCAGCACGGCCGCUAUUCAGGGCGCAGGGCCCGGGCCCGAGCGGCGUGCGCGUGCGCGCGUGCGUGGGCGCGCGUGCGCGCCGCCGCCGCCUGUGGGUUGGCUGGUUAUUUUGCAAGCGGGAGGGGCCGUGCGCGCUCCUGCCUCAGGCCUCUAUCCCCCACCCCCCUUCCCCGGUCCCAGGCUCUCCUUCGGAAAGAUGUCGGACACGGCAGUAGCUGACACCCGGCGCCUUAACUCGAAGCCGCAGGACCUGACCGACGCUUACGGGCCGCCAAGUAACUUCCUGGAGAUCGACAUCUUUAAUCCUCAGACGGUGGGCGUGGGACGCGCGCGCUUCACCACCUAUGAGGUUCGCAUGCGGACAAACCUACCUAUCUUCAAGCUGAAGGAGUCCUGCGUACGGCGGCGCUACAGUGACUUUGAGUGGCUGAAAAAUGAGCUGGAGCGAGAUAGCAAGAUUGUAGUACCACCACUGCCUGGGAAAGCCUUGAAGCGGCAGCUCCCUUUCCGAGGAGAUGAAGGGAUCUUUGAAGAGUCUUUCAUCGAAGAAAGGAGGCAGGGCCUCGAGCAGUUUAUUAACAAAAUUGCUGGGCACCCACUGGCUCAGAAUGAACGCUGCCUACACAUGUUCCUGCAGGAGGAGGCAAUUGACAGGAACUACGUCCCGGGGAAGGUGCGCCAGUAGGAGCCCCUCUCACCACCUGCCCUCUACUUUCCUGCUGAAAUGACAUUGGUUUUUACACUAAGCCUCUCUCUGUCUUUGAUCUGAAGUUGGCUGCCCAUCUCCUGGCCUGAUAGACUGUCUGGCAUUGUGCUCCCUGGUACCUGACUACACCAUGUGGGCACUCUGCUAGGAUCCUCUUCUCUGAGGAGAGGUGGGAACCCACAGGCAGAUGCCCUUUGCUUGGGGUUGGGGUGGGUGGGUGGGGGGAUUAGACUGGAAGGCAAUUUCUUGGGCAUUUACCCAUGCCAGAAGGCUAACCUGGGGGGAGGGGGGCGCUUGUGCUGGUGAGGCACUUGGAUACAUACUGAUGCUGCAAGUCCAGGGGAUUUUUCUUACUCUUAGGUUUAACCAAGAACACUGAGCAGGGAAAAACCCUGCCUUUCCUAACUGCAUGUAUUUUUUCCUUUUUGGAAAGGUGGUAGAGACUCAGAAGCUUUCCUUGUUUUCUCUAGGCCUGCUCCCAGUUUUCUUAACAGUUUCUUUUGUUGCUUUCUCUCUCCUUUGUUGCUUUCCAUGGCAGUAAUCCUCCUAGAGUCCAAGCAGUCUGUUGUAUGGAGCAGGGUGUGUGGGUUUUCUGGGCCCAUCAUUAUGGCUGCUGCAGAGACAGAAGAAAGCCAUAGGGCAAUAGGGGAGCUCCUAUUGCCUAGCCCUUCUCCCUUUGUGGCUCCCACUCUAGCUGCCUAUUUUUGCUCAUCAGCUGGUGAGUCAGUAUGGGCCAGCAGUUCUCCCUCCCUAAGCCCUUGCUACUUUAUGGGUUAGCUUUGCAGGUUUGGUGGCUUGAGGGGUGGGGGCAACUCACCACUGCCAGGUAACUCCCUGAAGGGUGGGAGUGGAUUAUCUUCUAGGCUCUUCCCGGCGGUAGGGAAGGGCAUCAACACUGUCUUCCUUCCAUUUUCCUUUCCCCCAUCCCAUUUAGUGCUGCCACAGGGCAGAAGCACACAAACCAACCACACAGUCUCUGACUUCUCCUAAGCACUUUGAGCUGUUGAAUGGGGCUCAGGGGCAAGAAUUUUUGCUGCCCUCCCCAGCGUGGUCACAGGGUUAUUGAACUGCCUGCACUUGUUUCUCAUGCAACUCCAGCAUUUUCUCCAGAAGUUGAACUAUGGAUAGCAGCUUGGUAUGGAUUUCCUAAAUCUUAACAUCUGAAGCAGCUUCUUGAGGCUGGCAAUUAUCCUGGUUUCUGUCUGGGAGGGGGUGGUUUGUUUGCUGGGGCCCAAUGUCUGUCCCAAGUGGUGGGGUGAGAGCAAGUUAACUUUGUGCCAGGUGAGAGGUGGGGGCUCUUUGCUUAGACUCCUUAUCAUGGAAAGAUUGGAGUUUUCUAUGCAGGGCGUUGGGGAAAAGGAUUGCUGAUUCUGACUGACCCUGAUCAGAGAGAUUAGGAUUGUAUUUUGACAUAGGAUUUGGAGCCCAUCUAAAUGUUGAAGUUCCUUGAGACAGCUCUCCAGCUGCUGAGCCUGUGCCAGGGGCUAAGCAGCCCCAAAUGAGAGGCUCUGCUCCCUUUCCCACCUCGCCAAUGUUGUUGCUGCCUUUUUGAUUUGUAUCCUCUGUUAUAGACAUUUUUUAAAAACGAUUUCUUCUUUCAUUGUGCACAAGUGCUGAGAGUCUGAGGCCCCAUUUCUGCUGUGUAUAUAUAUCCUGACUCGGGGCUUUUAUUCAGCAAACUGUUCAUUCUUCUGUCAGACAAUGUCAUAUUCAACUCUGUUCAUAUUAAACCACUGUGAAGCAAGCCUCUGUUUUCCUGCUUAAGUUGUAAAUUUAGUAUUUUUUAGUGUCUAGGAUAUGCUGGGUAUUAUGCAGAAAUCAUACAAUGUGGCCAGUGUCCUGAGGUAAUGUUUUGCAUUUAAAUUUUUUUAAAAAGCAGAAUCUUAACUUAUCUUAAUGAUAUUUACCUAUCCUUUUUGCAACUCACGACUGACUUUGUCACAGAGGUAAUGCAUCUGCUUGCAGGAAGUAGCUGUAGGCUCAGUACCUGUGGUUUGAGUCACAUUUAGCAGAUUUGGUUUUUAAGCUUGUGGGUUUGUGCUAAUUUGGGCAGAAUAUAUUUAUUAUAUAUAUUUA